AUGAGCUUCAUUGGGUUUAAACGGCCCGGUCAUGUGCCCCGCCUCCGGCCCGGCACUGAUUUGCUCCACUGCUGCCUGCAACUCAAUGUGUCGAAAACAAAAGACAUGAUUCUUGAUUUCUGUAAGAAUCCACCUGUCACAGCCCAAACCUUUGUCAAAGGUACAGCGGUGGAAACAGUUGCCACAGCAGUCAUGGAUGACCAUUUAGUUACGCCGACCGCCUCUCAGACACAAACAGAAGCCGUCACACUCUCAGUGCAGACCGAUUACGAUAUGGAUGACGGAUAUUUUGACGCCAUUCUGGGAGUUGUCAUUGCCACCGUCGUCCUGGUGCUGAUCGGUCUGGCCGUUGUCGUGAUCCGCUACAUGUUCAGACACAAAGGCUCGUAUCACACCAAUGAGGCCAAGGGCAUGGAGUCUGCAGAGACGGCGGACACAGCGCUGCGAGGUGACCCUGCCUUGCAGGACGCCAUGGACGUCAGCAAAAAGGAGUACUACAUCUGA